AUGAGAGUUGAUGGGAAAGAUCACUACAAAUAUGUUUCAAGAGGUUAUCAUCUGACAAUGACCGACCACAACAUAUUAACUUAUGUAAAUGCAAUGAAAUCUCGACCACUGAACGAACAAAGUCAAUUGAAAUGCCUGAGUCAAGAUCACAAUUUAAUUAAAGAUUGUGAUGACGAAACAUAUCAGAAACAUAAAUCAUUUUUAUUUUCGCAGCAAUUUCCAUAUGAAUAA